AUGUCCUACGACACAUGGCAAAGCCCUCUUGGGGCACGGUACGCCAGUAAAGAAAUGCUCACAUUAUUCUCAGCUCGCACUCGUGCCUCGACCUGGCGACAACUUUGGAUUUGGCUGGCAGAAGCCGAGAAGGAGCUAGGUCUUGACAUCUCAGACGAGGCCAUCCAACAGAUGGAGGCGGCUAAGAUCAUGUCUGAUGAGGACUUCCAGGUAGCCGCAGUGGAGGAGAAAAGACGCCGCCACGAUGUAAUGGCACACGUCCAUGUCUUUGGGCAGAGAGCUCCUGCGGCUGCGGGGAAGAUUCACUUGGGGGCUACAUCAUGCUAUGUGACAGACAAUGCGGAUUUGAUCUUCCUCCGAGACGGCCUUUCUCUUCUCUUACCCAAGCUGGCCAAGUGUAUCAGAAAGCUGUCUGACUUUGCAACUGAGUACAAGGCGUUGCCAUGCCUGGCCUUCACUCAUGGUCAACCUGCCCAACCUAUCACCGUUGGCCGACGAACAACACAAUGGAUCGAAUCCCUAUUGAUGGAUUUGAGGAACAUUGAACGAGCCAGAUCGGAUCUCCGCUUUAGAGGGGCCAAAGGAACCACCGGCACACAAGCAUCUUUCCUUGAGCUCUUCCACGGUGACCAUGAAAAGGUACGGCGGCUGGACGAGCUCAUCACCAAGAAAGCCGGAUUCGCCAAACGGUCAAUUGUCUCGGUGCAGACAUACAAUCGUAAAAUUGAUUUUGACAUUGCCAGUGUCCUGGCGUCGUUGGGAACAACAUGCGAACAUAUCGGAACCGACAUCCGACAUCUGGCCAUGCUCAAGGAAAUUGAAGAACCUUUCGAGAAAGACCAGAUAGGAUCGUCCGCAAUGGCCUACAAACGAAAUCCCAUGCGGUCGGAACGUAUGUGCUCUCUCGGGCGAAAACUUUCAUUCCUUCCCCUCGGAUAUGGUGCGACAUAUGGGCACCAGUGGUUCGAGAGAUCGUUGGACGACUCCGCAAUUCGAAGGAUUGAUGUCCCAGAAAUGUUCUUGAUCGCAGACGCAUUGUGUAUCCUCCUUGAAAACGUGUCUUCAGGUCUGGUUGUGUAUCCAGCAGUCAUCAGCAGCCGUCUGCAGCAGGAGCUCCCAUUCAUGGCAACAGAAACAAUGAUUAUGAGGAUGAGCGAGAAAGGCGCCAGCAGACAAGAGACCCAUGAGCAGAUUCGAGUCUUGUCCCACCAAGCCGGUGCGGCCGUGAAACAAGAAGGCAAGGCGAAUGACCUGGUCGAGCGGGUGAAAAAAGAGAAAUAUUUUGAACCCAUCUGGAAUGAACUGACCGAAGACGACUUGCUGAGCCCAGCCAAAUUUGUUGGGAGAUCUGCUGAACAGGUUGACGAAUUUGUUCAGGAAGAGGUUGAACCGGCUCUGGCGCCAUACAAGGAUCUGAUUCUGAACAGUGGCACUGCUGAAAUCCACGUUUAA